AUGGCGACUGAGGCAUCAAUUGAAUUGAGGUCUUUAAGACCUAAACAUACUUGUUCUCGAGUAUACAAGAGCUCAAUUGUCAAUUCAAGGUGGAUAUUAGAUAAACUAUAUGAUAAGUUUAAAAUUCAGCCGGACAUGCCACUGCAAGUGAUACAAGAUGAAGUGAAGAGGAAAUGGAAUGUUGAAGUAAGUAGGAGUCAAAUGUAUAGAGGUAGGAAGAAGGCAGGGAAGAGGUUGUACGAUUGUUUGGGUGAGCAGUAUGGCAGGCUAUGGGAUUACUGUGAGACUUUAAGGCAUAUUAAUCCGGGCAGCUGUGUAAUGAUUAAGGUUGAAAAAACAAACCCUAAUUUGCCUGCUAAGUUUCAUAGACUCUACAUGUCCCUUGCAGCCAUGAAGAAAGGGUUCUUGGAAGGUUGUAGGCCUGUCAUAGGCCUAGACGGGUGCUUUUUGAAAGGACCCUACAAGGGAAUAUUAUUGGUUGCGGUUGGUCGAGAUGCCAACAACAACAUGUACCCGAUUGCAAUUGCCGUUGGUCUUAUUCCAAGUUUUGAUAUUGUUAUUCCAAUGGCAGAUCACCGAAUAUGUGUACGGCAUUUAUAUGCCAACUUUCGAGAUAAUGGGUUUCGAGGGGUGGCCUUGAAGGAAUUGUUGUGGAAGGCAGCAUCGUCUUACACUGAGGUUGGCUUCAGAAUACAUAUGGAAGAAAUUAAGAGAAUCAAUCCUGAUGCAUUUGACUACCUAGACAAGGUUGACCCCAGUGGAUGGUCACGAGCAUGGUUCAACGAAUCUCCCAAAUAUGACCUCCUUGUCAACAAUAUCUCCGAAUGCUUCAAUUCAUAUAUCUUGAAGGCUCGUGACAAGCCUAUUCUAACAAUGCUUGAGAUGAUUAGGAAGAAGCUAAUGAGAAGGUACCAACUGAAAAGAGAUGGCAUCAGCAAAUUGAAAGGUAAGUUAUGCCCUAAAAUUGUUAAAAAGCUUGAGGCCGUUGGUGAAGCGGCAUUGGACUGCCUUUCCUGUUUUUUUGGUGAUGGUAUGUUUGAAGUGGAGGAAGGAAGAAGGCAAUAUGUUGUUGAUAUCCGAAAUAGGAAAUGUGGCUACAGGAGGUGGCAGAUGACUGGGAUCCUAUGUGCACAUGCACAAUCUGCCACAACCUUUCAUGGACAUCAUCUUGAGGAUUAUGCGAAUCCAUGCUAUACCAUUGAGACGUACAAAAAGGCCUAUGCUCCACUCAUAUAUCCAAUGCCUAGUAACGAACAAUAG